AUGGGUAAUGAUGCUUCCCACCUUAAAGGCCUAGAAAUUGAUGAGAAACCAGUGGAAGCCACUGAUUUUUGGUUUCAUUAUAAGGCUACAAUUCGAGAUAGCUGCCGAUACUUUGGUUUAAAUGGUGAUGGAUCAGUCUCAGUAUUCAAGGGAGAGACUAUCAUGGGUCCAUUAUGGACUGUUUCUACACCUUUAGAAAAAUUUUGUAAUAACAUUCUUAAGUACCGGCAUCCAUUUAUUGUUAGAUAUUUAUCUGCUUGGCAGCAAAGAUCUACAUUCCAUUUAGCAACAGAAUAUGUACUACCUUUAUCACAUGUGUUAUCAACACAAACUCCUCUACAAAAGUGUAUUGGACUAAAUAAUGUUUUACAGGCCUUGGUUUUCUUACAUGAACAAGGUGGUGUGUCUCACAAUAAUAUAAGUAUAUCCUCUAUAUAUGUGUCGGGAGAUGGACAAUGGAAAUUAGGUGGUUUACAAUAUCUAUGUAAUUUUUCUGAAUUGACACUAGCAUAUCUUAAACAGGCGAGAAUUCAUAGGUAUGAUAAAGCAGUUGAUCCUAAUGAAGAUUCUAUUCCACUAACAUCUAAAGUUGAUCACUAUGCUUAUGCAGUAUUGGUAGAAGAUGUUUUCAAGGGAUGUCAAGAUGAUGAAGUUCCACACCUACAUGAAUUUAAAAAGUUCUGUAGAGAUUUUCUCCAAAAUUCGGAUAGUAGGAAAAGACCUAGCCUUUCAGAAGUACUUCAACAUGCCUUUUUUAAUCAUGAAUUUAUUACAAUGUACAAAUUCUUAAGUUUCCUGCCCUUAAAAGGAUGUGAAGAGAAGACAGAGUUUUUCUCUAAUAUUUUGCAAUGUCUUAAAGCUUAUGAUGAGGAAACAGUAGCGAAGCAAUUUGGUGGGUUGCUUUUAUCACGUUUAACACUGUUAGACCAGACGGCCAGGAAAGAUGUAAUACCAUACAUUUUAAAGCCAAGGAAUGAUAGACCACAUAAUGAAGAACAAAAUGGAUUUUUUAGUAUUAGUGUUUUUAAGGAUUAUUUAAAGCCAAGACUAAUACAGUUGUUUUCAGUACGUGAUAGUCAAAUCAGAAUGUUGUUAUUGAGGCAUUUUUCAAAAUUUGUUCACGUGUUCUCACAUGAGGAGUUAGCGCAUCAAGUAUUACCAGAGUUACUACUGGGUAUUAAGGAUAUUGAUGACGCACUCGUUUCUGGAACCCUUAUAUGUUUAAGUGAACUGGUUCCAAUCUUAGGUGCGGAUACAGUGGUAGGAGGUAAACGUUCAAAACUUUUCACUGAUGGUAGACCUAAUUCCAAUAAUUCUAAAGCUCAAAAUUCAAGUUUAGAGCGUGUUCAAGAAACCCACGAACAAAACUCGUGCCUACAAGACUUUUAUUGUUCUGAAUCUACUUAUCUUAGUGAUAUAAAUUCACCUAUGUUUGAUCACACAUUAUCGCUCAAUGAAAGGCCUUCACCUGUUGGGGGUGAAUCUACUCAAGUAGAAGAUUUGCCAGUAAAUUCUAAAUACAAAGGUAGUAAUUCCGAAGAUGAUUGGGACGACUGGGAUAAUAGUAAUCAAAAGUUAACCAUAUCAUUAGAGAAUGCAGAAAGUUUUAAAACAAACAUUGAAGACAAGCAAGAAAAUACAAAGCAGAAUCAAAUGGCAAAUACAAAUUUAAAUGUAUACACUGAUGAUAACCAAACAAAAUCACAUUCCAUCCUUUUCCAAAAAGCUGCACUAGAAGCAAAAAAGAAUAUAAUUGACAUAUCUGAAUUGGACAUAAAGCAUAAGAUAGAUCAGAAUAAAAAGACAGAGGAGUUCGACUAUUUUGCAGACAUGACACCUGUUAUUGAAAAACAAAAGGUAGCAAUUGUAGACGAUAAAGAGAAAAGUAGUAUAAGUAAACUGAAUUUUGUACCAAGCAAUGAAGAUGAUGAAAAUCAGGGCUGGGAGGAUAAUUGGAAUGAUUGA